AUGGUGCGUGUUGCGAUUGCCGCUCAGCUUUCGGGCAUGGCGUCAAACCCGUAUCCGAAGCCCAAGCUUCAGCAGCCCUACCUCACCACCUGCGAGCUUUGCGACAGGAUCAUCCCGACCAAGGACUGGAGCGCCCACAAGAACUCUAAGAAGCACCGUGAGUCUGAGGUCAAGGACAGGGCCAAAGCUGAUGGUACCGACACCAACGGCUUCGGUGGUGACGCCACCGGCUUCACUGCUGACACUGGCGGCAACAACUUCACCUCCACAACUGCUACUGACGGGCUGGGCUCCGGUGGUGGUGGCGGUCGUGCCUGCUUCGGCUGUGGCAGCGAAGAUCACCAGAAGCGCGACUGUCCUCAGGGCGGCGGUGGAAGUGGCGGCGACCGCGCGUGCUAUGGCUGCGGUGAGACUGGCCAUCAGAAGCGUGACUGUCCCAAGGGUGGCUCUGGUGGUGGUCAGGCGUGCUUCAACUGUGGAGAAGUCGGACACCGCAAGACUGAGUGCACCCAGCCUCGCAAGCCUAUGGGCGGUGGCGGUGGAGGAUCUGAUCGUGUUUGCUUCAACUGCAACCAGCCUGGCCAUAACAAGUCCGACUGUACUGAGCCUGCCAAUGCGUCUGGUGGAAGCGGUGGACGUGAGUGCCACAACUGCAAGCAAGUCGGCCACAUGUCGCGCGAGUGCCCCGAGCCCCGUGUCUUCCGCUGCCGCAACUGUGACGAGGAGGGCCAUCAGUCCCGCGAGUGCGACAAGCCCAAGGACUGGUCCCGCGUCAAGUGCCGUAACUGCGAGCAGUUUGGCCACGGUGCUGGUCGCUGCCCCAACCCGGCUGUCGAGCCUGCUGAUGGCGGCUGGGGCGCUGCUGGUGCUGGCGGUGACUCCGGUGCCGCUACUGGCAACUGGGGAUCUGGUGGAGUUGAUUCGGGUACUGCUGCUACUGCUUCUACUGGCGACUGGGCUGACGAGAGCACCGCUGCUGCCAACGGCGAGUCCUGGGGUGAUGCUUCCGCUGCCACUGCGGCAUGGUGA